AUGGACAUCCUGUGGAACAACGCGGUUCUGCUAAAGGAGGCUAACGUAAUGAGCGUUGAAUUGGAUAAAAAGAUGCAAUAUCAAUUUGUCAUGCUAAGUGACACCCCCUACACACCACUGAAGGACGAAUUGAUGGAAGUGCGAAACUCGUUGCAGAAUCAUGACACCCGUACAGUGGACGGUUUAAAUUCUUCUCCAGCAGUUGAGGAGCCGCCUCUCAAUCGAGGUAUCAUCGCUGUUGAAGCCUUUAACACAGUCAAUGGUCUCAGCUACAAGUGGAGUCUUCAAGCCUUCUAG